UGAUUUUCGUUGACGACCGUGCGGCGAAUGUCAGAAAUUAGACCUCAUUCGCACUGUAAACAAAUUGAACGCCGAACGUUGCUGCUUCAAAGAAAUUUGCCCCAAUGAUGGAGAAAGAGAACAAAUCGACAAACGACAACGGACGCAAGCCAUCGGGCCGAGACUUGCAGUCGCUACCGACGCGCCAAUAUCUGGACCAAACCGUGAACCCCAUUCUGCUGCAGGGCUUGAAGGCGCUUGCCAAGGAGCGACCCCAGGAUCCGAUCCAGUAUUUGGCCAACUACCUGCUGAAGAACAAAAGCCGCGUCGAGGACAGCAAUGGCACGGAGGAGGGCUGAUUUUGCCGGGAGGGGUUGUGGUAUAAUGUUAAAUCUCAUGAACUCAUUGGAGACGCUUAAAAUUUUAAAAUAAAAUUGUAACCUAAUCGUGUGUGGAAAAUGAGUUAA